AUGGGUGUGAGUGGCAAGAAGGCCAAAGCCAAGGAUAAAACUGGCAAGGCCGGAGCAAAGCAGAAGAUUAAGAAGUCGAAGAGUCCCGAAGCUACAGAAGACCAGACAAUAACCGAAUCGUCUGCGCCUGGCAGCCCCGAGCUUGUGCUUCAAGAACCAGAGCUCGGCCAAUCACUGGAUCCAGCACUCCAACAGGCCACGGCCGCUGCUGAUUUCACCGGGACUCGGACUCAGACUUCUCCCGCAAUUGUCGAUAAUGAGGAAGGUCAUGAAGAACAGCCCUCUGGUCCCUCGAACGAACAACUAGCUGAGAAGAACGACUAUCUUGACGACCAAGUCUCUGUGUCAACCACCAAAGACACACGCGAGCCGCAUAUCGAAUCGGACGAAGAACCUUAUCCGACAGAUCAAAGCUAUCCGACAGAGCAUCCCGAGAGGGCACUUGUUGCAUCCCCGUUUGCUCCCUUUUCGCCUGCACCGGCUCUAGUGCCGUUGCCAUCCCCGUCUCUGACCGAGGCACGGUUUAUGUCCAGUGCUUCACCAGAGGCCCACUACUACCCAUACUAUCCCCCUCCUCCACUUCCAUUCGCCCCUUACGCCGCGCCUGUAUACUCCCCUCCCACUUACUAUUCGCCUAUACCCAAGGUCAGCAGUCCGCUUGCCCGAUCUCGUUAUCCUUAUAUGUCACCCAUCAUGUCGCCCACUGCCACUCCACCACCACCACCCCCGGCGCCGGCUGUCCCAAUGGCCCUGUCAGCGCCAUCCUCAACAGCCCAGAGCUAUACAACGGCUAUUCACUCUCCCGUCUUGAGCUCUGCCGGGAUGGUUCCACCAUAUGCUCCUUAUACCCCUCCUCAACCGCCUGACAGCCACUUCAUGCACCGCAGCUACAGUGCCUCCGACCAAUCCUAUACCCCAUCGUUUCAAGCCAUUCGGGACCUGAACCUAAACAAUGGCCAAGUGAACGAGAAUGGUACCAUUUCUCCCCCAGAGAACGACCAGGAACAUAUCGAGCUGCUCCAGCGAAUUCAAUCCGCCAUUCCCGACAUCAACCGCCUUCUACAUGGCUUCCGCCACACCCACACCAGACUCAACAGCCGCGAAGCAGAGAUGAAGCAGAUCGGCAACCAACAUGAGCAAGCGCUCAUGCACAAGGACUUCUAUAUCGAGGCACUGCAGGCUCAAAUGAAGAAGACCGCCAACGAAAGUGCUGAGGAGUGUGCUAAGCUGAAGAACACGAUCAACGAACUGCGCCUGGAACUGGGAGAUCUGCAGGAGAAGCAGAAGGACCUUGAAGACGGCCUAGCGGGCCAUCAGAAGUCCAACGAGGAGCUCUCGCAGUCCAAAUCGGAGCUUGAGGCGGAGAUUGAGAAGUUGCAUAGCAGUCUCAAAGACGCGCAGGAUGCACAUGAGAAGGAGCGGGAGGCGCAGAAGAACGAACAUGCCAAGGCUCUUACGACUCAGAAGCAGGAACUGACGGAACUCUUUGAGGAGAUCAAGAACGAGGAUGAGAAGGCCGCUUCGGAGACUCUGGAGGCGCGGGAGAAGGAUCUGCGUGAGGAGCAUGACUCUGCCAAGGAGGAAUGGGAGAAGGAGAAGAAGUUGAUGGAGGAGACCUUGGAGACGCAACGCGGUGAGCUUGAGGCCACGAAGUCAGAGCUCGCCUCUAAGAUUGCUACGCUGGAGACUCAGGAGACCGAGCGGGAGAUGCAUCUGGCUGAGCUCAACACCACCCGCGAGGAGGUUGCCUCCAAAGUGGCGGAGCUGGAAGCGAAAGAAAAGGAAUUGGAGGAGACCCGUGAAAAGAGCGUGCAAGAACUGGAUGCCCUCCAGCAGGGUCAUACCGGCGAGCUGGAUGGCCUCCGACAAGGCCAUGCCAGUGAACUCGACACCCUUCAACUGGGCCAUGCCAGUGAGCUCGACUCACUCCAGCAAAGCCACAACGAACAGCUCGCGGCCGCAGCCACAGAGCUUAACGAAAAGAUUGCCUCUGUGGAGGCACACUUCCUCGAGCAGCAGCAGCACUGGGAGGCGGAGCGCGCUGCGCUGCGGAAGCUGCUGGCCGAGAAAGACGAGGAGCUGACGAGCGCGGAGCGGGAGAAGGACAAGUUAGAAGGGGAUGGGCUGAUCAAGGAGCAGCAGCUCCAGCGAGCGGUGCAGGAGAUGCGGUCGACGAUUGACCACUUGGAUCAGGAUUGCGAUCGACUGCGCAAGACGCUGCUGAGCCUCGGCGAAGCGACUGACCUGAAGACAACCAAGGGCGAUCAAUUCUUUGUGGACUGUUUCACCCAGCUCUCGCAACUGAUCUCCGAGCUCUCAAAUGAGCACUUCGCCUACCUCCCCAUCGAUCCGCCCAAAGACAUCCUCUCCAAGAUCCCCUCGGAGCUUCCCUCCUUCCUGGACAACACCCCGGCCUCCCGCGCCCUACGCGCCGCCUACAUCCAGCACGUCGUCUCCAAGACCCUAACCUACCGCGUCUUCCAGCCUUUCCUCUUCACCCUCGGCCGCCGCUACGACAAGGCCGACACCUUCUUCCAGAUGUUAUCCCUCGACAUCCGUCGCAAGUCCGUCCGCCGCGAGGCCUUCUGGCGCCAACAGACGCUCAAGGCGGCCUACACCACCUCCGACGCGAAGCAGUCCAUUAACGUUGCCGCCGCCGUCAUCGUCGACGAGAUCAUCGAUCAUAUCCGCCACUUCGCCGACCCCCGCCAGCUGGACCCGCUGCUCACGGCCGUCCGCAAGAUCGUCAAGCUCGCCGCCGAGACGUGGCGCCAUGCCCGCGUCGAGCGCGAGCUUGUGCUAGCCCUCUUCCCCGCGCCCGACGCAGAGACCGUCGCCAACCACGGCUGGGCCGAGUACGGCGCCGCUGCCUCCCUUGCCCACGAGGACCAUCCCGCCCCCACCUCCGGGCCUGCCCGGCACGUCGUGCUGCGCACGUUCCCGCGCGUAUUCCGCGAGCCGGCACACGAAGACUUCGCCAGCGGGCCGGACCGUGCGACCUCCUGCAUCUACUCGGCGGGCGAGGUGCUCUUCUCCGAUUCCCCUGUCGUGAUGGCCCGCCUGCGGGAGCUGGCGAAGAAGUCGACGGAGACGCUGGUGGCCGAAGAGGAGGGCCUGUGGUCGCCGCCCAAGACGCCGAAGGGUGAGAUCGGGGACGUGGAUUUGGCGGGCGCGCCUGUCGAGCAGGUUUCCAUGGUGCGUGAGCCGAGCGCGACUUUUGUGCGGAGUCCGCCGGCUGCGAGGAGUGCGACGCCUGUUAAGAUGGGGGGGUUGUCGGUGGCCGCGAGCCCGAGGGCCGAGGGGCAGGUUGUGCCGGCCUGA